AUGGAUUUCGUCAAGAACCUUACGGGAGAUAACAACAACAACGCCGCCUCUUCGUCGGCAGGCCAGCCCGAGAAGAAGGAGUCCGGUGGCUUUAUGGACAAGAUCAACGGCAUGGCCGGCGGCGGUCCCGAGAGCGAGAAGCAGGAGGAUGGUGUUGACAAGGCCGUCGACUUCGUCCAAGAAAAGUUCCUCGGUCAAGGUGCUCAGAACAACGAGAGCGCUGCCGAGCAGGCUAAGGAUGAGCAGAUUUCCGACUUCAUCCGUCGCCAGGUAUCAAGCACCACCGGCAAGGAAAUCCCCAUCGAGGACAAGGACAAGAAAUACGGCAUGUAG